UCAACAUAGGAGCAGAGAGAAGAAAGGAGAUUUUCCCUUCUUCUCCUUCUACGAAAGUCUUUUGAUUCGAUUAAAAAGAGGGAAAAUGGAGUUAUCUGGAAAGAUCAUCAUAGAUACAGAUCCUGGGAUCGAUGAUAGCAUGGCCAUCUUGAUGGCUUUUCAAAUGCCAGAUCUGGAGAUCUUGGGUUUGACAACAGUAUUUGGUAAUGUUAGUGCAGAACAUGCCACUCGCAAUGCAUUGGUUCUGUGUGAGAUUGCGGGGAACACUAACAUUCCAGUGGCAGAGGGAAGCCAUGAACCUUUGAAGGGUGGAAAGCAUGAAGUUGAUGAAACUAUUCAUGGUUCUGAUGGAUUGGGGAACAUAUUUCUACCACCCCCCAAGGGAAACAAAAUUGGGAAAAGUGCAUCUGAAUUCUUGAUCGAUAAGGUGUCAGAAUGCCCUGGUGUUGUAUCCAUACUUGCAUUAGGACCGCUGACGAAUUUGGCAUUGGCAAUUAAAAAGGAUUCAUCAUUCGCUAGCAAGGUGAAGAGAAUCGUCAUACUUGGUGGGGCUUUCUUGACCUCUGGGAAUAUGAACCCUGCUGCCGAAGCAAAUGUAAGUAUCUCUUUUCCGCCUAUCCUUCUUGGAGUAUCAAUGAAAAUAUAUGCGGACCCGGAUGCAGCAGACAUCGUGUUCACUAGUGGUGCAAAUAUUGACAUUGUUGGCAUAAACAUCACCACCCAAGUCGUACUAACAGAUGCAGACCUUGCUGAAUUGAAGGCAUCGAAUGGAAGAUAUGCACAAAUAAUAUCUGACAUGGGCCAGUUCUACAGAGACUGGCAUGUGAAAUCUGAAGGCAUUUACGGGAUUGUUCAGCACGAUCCUGUAUGUUUUGUUGCACUAGUACGGCCUGAUCUUUUCACAUUCAAGAAGGGAGUUGUGAGGGUUGAGACCCAGGGCAUCUGUUUAGGACUUACCUUGUUGGACCAAGGGCUGAAAAGAUGGAAUGGGAGUAACCCUUGGACAGGUUAUUCAUCAGUCUCGGUUGCAUGGACAGUCAAUGUCGAAGGAGUCAUUGCAUUUAUCAAGAAUCUGGUAAUGAAACCGUGAUAUCUCAAGGCCUUUCCAGCAUAACACUAGUAGGAAAAUAAUAGGAACUGAGGUGAAGAGGUUGGAUUCAUUCCAAGAAAUUAGAAGAAUCUCCUUUGUUAGUUUGUACCUAUUUGGUGUCUUUCUAUUGUUCGAAUUUUCUUGCCUUAAUAAACUCAUCAUUUAUCAUUUGCUUUGUUGGAAAGUUCAUUUAGAAGUCUAAUAUCCGGGCGGUGAGUUCCGGAUCUUGCAUCUAAUGAACCAGUAGUUCAUUCCAAGACAUUAGAAGAUUCUCCUUUGUUAGUUCAUACCUAAUUGGUGUCUUUCUAUUGUUCGAAUGUUCUUGCUUUAAUAAACUCGUCAUUUAUCA